UGGAUCUCCCCGACGCAACAACGAGCGUCUUCGUCCUCGACCUCAUCUCCGUCUCCAACCACCAGCCACAUCUUCAUCGAGCUGUUGAUCGGUGAUAUCGACCCGUAUCGGUCCUCUAUCCCUUAAAAUGUCCUCGGAUCUCUGUCCCGUUUAUGCGCCCUUCUUCGGCGCCCUGGGCUGCACCUCUGCUAUCGUCUUCACUUGCUUCGGUGCUGCCUAUGGAACCGCUAAGGCUGGUGUCGGUGUCUGCGGCAUGGCCGUCCUGAGACCCGACCUGAUCGUUAAGAACAUUGUCCCCAUUGUCAUGGCUGGUAUCAUUGGUAUCUAUGGUCUGGUCGUUUCCGUGUUGAUUGCGAACGACUUGACGCAAAAGGUUUCGCUGUACGCUGGUUUCAUCCAGCUGGGAGCUGGUCUCGCAGUCGGUCUUGCUGGUAUGGCGGCUGGUUUCGCUAUUGGUAUUGUUGGUGAUGCUGGUGUCCGUGGAACUGCGCAGCAACCUAGACUCUAUGUCGGAAUGAUCCUGAUUCUCAUUUUCGCUGAAGUCUUGGGUCUUUACGGUCUUAUUGUCGCACUUCUGAUGAACUCCCGUACCAAGGAAGCCGUGUGCUAAACGGGAAAUAUCCUGUUACGGGAAAGGGCAUAGUGAGGAACGGAAUCGCCUUGCCAUGUCCAUGUCCCUUUUAGUUUUUCGUACCCGGUAUCUCAAUCAGCCAAGUA